AUGUUCGCAGUAUAUUUUCAUGGGCAGUAUAAAGGUCCUGAUUGUCUAAUAGACAAAUUUGACGAAAUGAGAAUCUUUACAGUUCGUUCAGACGAAAGUCUUGAGAAAACUCUAGAUGACUUUCAAACUCAAAUGAACAAAUAUUAUUGGGAAUUUCAAGAAAAAUACGACUCUUUACUAAAUGGAACAUACUAUCUGAAACUAGAAUAUGACAAGAUGAACUCCACCGUUUCAUUUCAAAAGAUUGAAAUUAACCCUCCAAGAGAUACAGAGUUUUUAUUUUGGGAAGUAGACAAACGUUCUUGGGCACAAUUUCUUCGGUUACUAAACCAGAACGAACCAUUACCACCAGAUGGUCCAUUUAAAUUUAUACUUCCACCAGCAGAUUUGAUGGUUUAUAGAAACGUGUUUGACCCUCAAAAUGUUAUGUGUCAUGCAAGUUUCAGUUCAAGCAACAAUAGUUUUCUAUGUAUUGGUAAGGACCUUUAUGACUUUGCUUCUAAAUUCUACGAACCACCUAGUAACAGUUUCUCUGACUUUCAAGUUUGGUUCACAACAAAUGGUGUGCAACAUAUUAUUCCAUUGUACUAUGACUUUUAUCUCGAAUUGUCUUUCAUAUAUAACUACGGAAAAGUGCUGAAAAAGUAUUGA